AGCUCUUUCUUCUCUUUUCUUUCACCCCUUGUUUAGUGUGUGAGAGACAGAGAGAGAGAGAGGGAGAACAAGAGAGAGAGUAAGAGAUAGAGAAGGAGAGAGAGAGAGGAAGAGAGAGAGAACAAGAGAAGAGGAGGUUUCAAAACUGGAAUCGCUUUAAUUUGGACUGUAGUAUUUCUCUUAGCAGAGUGGAGCUGCCUGAUUCAGGUGAACGAGACUGUAUUUCUCUGUGUGGACCGUAUAGUACCGCUGGGCUAACCAUGUCAGAGAGCAUCGUUAGGAAGAUACAACCCUUCACCAUCGGAACCAGGCUCUCCGUCUCUGGACCUGCCACCAGGUCUAAAGGUCCAAACUUCCCCCAGAGGCCGUCCUGGCAGAGCGACCAGGUCUCCCUCUACCUCAGUCAGGUGCAGGUGAGUGUGGCUGCUCCUCAUCUAGCUCCCCUUGCUAACCGGACCACCCCAACAUCUGUACCUGUUAAACAGCAGCAGGAGGACAUAUCUACCCAGGACCACCGGAACCAGAAUACCAUGUCUGUGUCUCCCAACUCUCACCGGAGCUCUUUCUCUCCUACCGCCACAUCCAGAUCCAUCAGCAAGAUCACCAUCUCUGGGAGCCCAGAGGACAGCUCCUGGAGGAGACAGGAGGAGUCAGACCACAGGGUGGUCAUUGAGAAGGAGGACAGCUCCUGGAGGAGACAGGAGGAGUCAGACCACAGGGUGGUCAUUGAGAAGGAGGACAGCUCCUGGAGGAGACAGGAGGAGUCAGACCACAGGGUGGUCAUUGAGAAGGAAGACAGCUCCUGGAGGAGACAGGAGGAGUCAGACCACAGGGUGGUCAGUAUAGGACCAGGACCGGGACGACCCCCUGUCACAGGAACUCCCGGAUCAGAAAACAUCAACAACAACAACAACAACAACAUCAGCAGCUCCAAGCAACAGCUGCCCAGAAUAGUGGGAGUCAGCUGUGAGAACCAACCCAGCUCACAUAUUAAGGACCAUGGCAGCAUGUUUGGGUUCCUACAGACGUUGGGGCCCAGAGCAAGGUCCCCAAGGAAAGACAGAGAUGCUGAGACAGUAGUGGUACCCCAGAAUGACAGCUACACCCAAUGCACUUCCCUCUUUAACCAGGAAGUACUACAGGAGGGUAGAGGGUUAAUCAGAGCCCAGCACCCCGGCAACUCUAAGAUCCAGGACUUCUUGAUUCGGCUGGAGGAGUUAUGGGAGGAGCUAAGGAGACGACAUCACAGGAACCAGUUCUACCUGCAGGCAGGGGAGGAGAUGAGCUUUAGGACAGUGCAUCUCCUCCAGGCCUUGGGUAGUAUAGAAGCCUGGUUGGAGGUAGCAGAGCUGUCCAUGUCGAACUCCCAGCUGGCAGGAGACCCAGAGACCAUGAGGCUGGCUGAGAGAGACAGCUGCCUGCUCCAGACAGAGAUGUCCUGCCGAGGAAUGGAGCUAACAGCACUCAGACAGGAGAUGGACAGGCUGGGUGGUCAGCGGGAGGGUCAGUGCCCAGGAUAUCCCAACACUGAGGGCCUCCAGGUGCCACAACACCACACACAGGUCCUCCCAGAUCUUAUGGACCAGGUGGAGAGAAAGUACAAACGUGUCCAGACUGCGUUGACCCAGCAGAGUUCGUCGCUGCAGGACACCAGGAUGCUGACAGAGUUUCUGGAGCGGGUGGAGCUAGAGGAGAGGGUGGAGCUAGAGGAGACCCAGGAGGCCAGGGGGAGGGGCUACAGCAGUAACCUUGGACAGCCUCUCCACAGUGAGAUCAGCUCAGCUCUUACCCUGCUGGGUGAUGGGGGUGGAAGCGAUGGUGGGGAGCCCCUGAUGGAGCCGCUGGGAAACCCUGUAGAGGAGCUGCAGGAGGCAGUGGAGAUGUUGAAUGACACGGUCAGAGAGAGAGGACGAUCACAGAAUCACAUCCAUGAUCAAGCCAUCCAGACGAUGAUCCGACAGCUGGCUGUGCUGUCAGUACGUGUGGAGGACAGUCUGUGCUGCAGUAGAGAGCUGAACCAGGAACUCCUACAGAGAGAGAAAGACAUGGCCAUGCGCUGUGAACCAGAAAAAUGUGGACUAGAGGGACUGAAGGAACAGCAAGACCACCUAGAG